CGGCGACGUGUUGGGUGCGAGCGGUGCUAGUCGGCUGCAGUCCGUGAAUCCGUGAGGACUGUCCGAACAUCCUCCUCAUUUGACAAAAUCUUCGCGAUCGAAUCGUUAGCAUAAAUGAUAUCGAAAAGUUCAUAAUUAACUUUGUUAAGGAUUUGUUCAAUUAAAACGAUGAGCAAGUCGCUGAUAACCGGCUUGACAAGAAUACUUGUUUUAACAUACUUUCUGGGGUCAUCUUUCGGUCAAUCCUUUCCUGAUGGCAGUUAUCCAGCAACCGAGUUGUCGACGAAUAUUGGUGAAGCGGAGCCGCGUGAAGGCGCAGAGUUGGAGUUCCGGUAUCAUGAUCACGACCAGCUCACGCGCUACCUGCGCGCCGUUUCCGCUAAAUACCCAGCACUGACCGCACUCUAUUCUAUUGGGAAGUCUGUCCAAGGACGAGAUCUUUGGGUGAUGGUGGUAUCUGCGUCCCCGUACGAGCACAUGAUCGGCAAGCCGGACGUCAAGUACGUUGCCAACAUCCACGGCAACGAGGCGGUGGGCCGGGAGCUGCUGCUGCAUCUCAUACAGCACCUAGUGACAUCAUAUGAAACAGAUUCGUACAUAAAGUGGCUGCUGGACAACACUAGAAUCCACUUAAUGCCUUCCAUGAACCCCGAUGGUUAUGCAAUUUCGAAAGAGGGACAGUGUGACACCAUACAUGGCAGACACAACGCCCGCCGGUACGACCUGAACCGCAACUUCCCGGACUACUUCAAGGCCAACACGAAGCAGCCGCAGCCGGAGACGGAGGCGGUGAAGGAGUGGAUCAGCAAGAUACAGUUCGUGGUGUCUGGCUCGCUGCAUGGCGGCGCGCUCGUAGCCUCCUACCCGUUUGAUAACACGCCUAGCGCUAAUCCCCUGAAUGCAGUGUUCCAAAGCUACGCGCAUACGCCGUCCAUCGCGCCCGACGACGACGUAUUCCGCCACCUGUCACUCACGUACUCGCGCAACCACGCCAAGAUGGCGCGCGGCGUCUCCUGCAAGUCCGGCUCGCCGCGGUUCGAGAACGGCAUCACCAAUGGCGCAGCCUGGUAUCCCCUCACAGGUGGUAUGCAAGACUACAACUACUUGUGGCAUGGAUGCAUGGAGAUCACACUUGAGAUUUCGUGCUGCAAAUACCCGCCAGCCCAUGAGUUGCCCAAGUACUGGCUAGACAACAAGGAGUCGCUGAUCAAAUUCCUGGCGGAGGCUCACCGCGGCGCGCACGGGUUCGUGAUGGACGAGAACGGCAACCCCGUGGAGAGAGCUGCGGUGCGCGUGCGCGGCCGUGACGUCUCCUAUCACACCACCAAGUACGGCGAGUUCUGGCGCAUUCUGCUGCCUGGCACCUACCGUCUCGACGUGUCCGCGGACGGUUACUUGCCUCAGGAGGUGGAAUUCAUCGUGGUAGACAGACACCCGACUUUACUCAAUGUUACGCUACAUUCUGCGAAGGGUUACGUGCCGAGUCGCGCCACCACGCGGAGGCCUCCCCGAGUGGGCCCGACUACCCGCACGCGCGCCGUACUCACGACCCCAUUGACCACCGCCUCUACAGCCAGUAUUACAAGCGGACGCAUCCAUUUCCCCGAUAACUAAUAACAAAGUUGUUAACUAUUCUAUUACUACUUACUCUAUUCCUGUAUCAUACACUUUAGUAACAUUCCCUUUAUAAUAGUGCUUUUUGUUAAUUUGUUAACUGAUUACUUAGACAAGUGGCAAACUAUUCGAUCGUAAAUUCGGAACGUCUAUCUUGACAUCCAGCUGAGUAAAUCGUGUAACGAAAUCAUGUAUUUUUAAAAACCUAAUACCUACUCCUACCCCCUUAUUAAUAAACGAAGAAUAAGCUUGGAGUGGUUACUUUAUGUUUCCUAUGUUUUCUUUCUGUUCUAUUAAUUACAAAUGGCACUUGAGUGAUAUGAAAAAAAACACGGCGUAACUAGUUAAGCUAAUAUUAAUAAGGAGGUUAAACUUCAUACAAGUUGCUUCAGAUCCAUCUCAUGUUGAACGGAAUACAUAGAACACACAGUCUGGCAGUGCCUGUAUGUAAUUGAUGAAAAAAAUUUGCGAUUGUAGCCGGACUCUCAUCAACCUACCCCAGCGUGUUAAUGUCUUCGAUUUUGUGCAAUAUAUAUAUUUUCUUGAUAAUGUAGGUAUAAGGAUAACCUAGUUUUUGAUGUUUUUGUUAUUUUUAAAUAUUUUUGCGUUCAGUUUAACAAAUAGAAAAUUUGACACUUGUCUAAGAUAAUCACUCUGUCAUUGGAAUAAAGUAAAAGCUGCUUAUUCGCGGUAAUAAUUUACAAAACUAUGCCGCUAAUACCGAAUCUGUGAAUAUAUUUGGAAAUUUGUAUCGAAAUGUUAUAUUCCAAUGUAGGAAAACAAAAUUAUGUAAUUUCUAUAUUGAUCGAAACAUUAAUCAAUUAACAUCAAAGGAAUGUGUUGUUAAUGCAAAAAUCUCACCAAGAUGAUCCGCAUGUCCACUUUUACUUUCUGCGGCAACGCAUUAUUUCUGCUUAAGAAUAUUUUUUUUAAUUUGAUUUUACUCGACAAACCUAUACGGUCACGGUGAGGACGGCGCUUGCUGUUAACUCGAAAGACUUGUCGUAUAACAAUUAUCCAACAGAAACAGACCAAGCACAAUGAAGGUAACAAUAUCAAAGUCUUUGUGGCAAGGAAGGUAAUAGGGCCAUACUUAGGUGUAAAAGAUUUCUUGAGCGACACGCUUGUGUAGGUACUUUAUGCGCUUACAUCUUAAUAUUUAUUAUAUGUGUUUUCUGAAGCUUACUUUUAUUGGCAUUUACAGAUAAAUGCAUGAGAUUGAGUAGUGGUAAAGUCAAAAUAACAUGAAAACAUUUCAGUAUGUAAGUCAAUUGUAGUUACACGUAUACCUAUAUACACGAACAUCGAAAUUCCCGACCGUCAAUGCAGGAUCUGGUCUCUAUUUUUUUUUCUACCACGAACACAAAAUCUCACUGAUAAACGGAACCGCGAAUAAGGAGCUUUUACUGUACCUAUAUCAAAAUGAUUAAAAAUUAAUAGUAAACGCUUAAUUGUAAUAUGUAAGUAUGUAGGUACUGUACAUAGAUCUGGGAUCGAGAGACACUGUGUUCAAAUACUUAUUACCUAUCCCAAUAAGUACAAACAUAUUUUUGUAGUAAAUUUUAGUGUAAUAAAUUGCUGAACUUAUUUAUUUGUAAUAAAUGGCAUAUCUAUAUUAAA